CCCCCCCCCGCCCCCCGGCCCCCGCCACCGGCUCCGGUGACUCCCGGCCAAGGCCAUGGACCCCAAGGAGCGCAAGAAGAUCCAGUUCUCGGUGCCCGCCCCCCCCAGCAACCUGGACCCCCGCGCCGUGGAGAUGAUCCGCCGGAGGAGGCCCACGCCGGCCAUGCUCUUCCAGCUCUCCGAACACUCGUCCCCAGAGGAUGAGAACCUGCCCUACCAGCGCUCGGGCGAGGGCUGCCUGCUCAAACCAAAGAGGACCAACCCGUGUGCCUACACCCCGCCCUCGCUCAAAGCCGUGCAGCGCAUCGUGCAGUCCCACCUGGAGAGCGGCAUGGGCGGCGGGGACAGCUCCGACGGGGAGCCCGAUGAUGGCUGCGACCCCGACAGCGGCCUCGAGUCUGCCCCGGGGAGCCAGGGCAGAGCCGAGCGCAGCUACUUCCCCGCCGGGCUGAAGGCGCACAAGCGGAAAGGCGGGCAGAAGGUUUCCUUCGCCGGCGGCAUCGACGAGCGCGAGGAGGACCUGAAGUCGCUGACGGUGUCCGAGAUCCCCGAGGACCCCGAGGGCGCGGAGGGCGACGAGGACGAGCCGGGCCAGGAGCAGGACGGUGGCACCGGGGAGCGGCGACACGUGGGCUUCGCCGAGGUUCCCUCGCGUCCCAUCGGCACCGAGCGCCACUCGCCCACCUUCCCGCUGGGCACCAGUUAGCUGGCACCGGGCACCGGGCACCGGGCACCGGCCCCGCCCGGCCCCGCCGGCCCCCGCAGCUUCGCCCGUGCCCCCCGGCUGCCUCCCGCCCGCU